AUGCUGGAAAUCCUGCGUCAUAUUCCAGCUCCUGUAGUCAUCAUCACUGCAGCUUAUGGUGAUGCUAACGACGACAACUUGCAAGUUAGAGGAAUGACAUGCAGCAGCUUCACAAGCGUAUCCUUGGAGCCGCCGUUUAUCUCGGUGUGCCUUCGCAAGAACUCUCUCAUGAUGCAGGUGCUGGAGAGGUCAACUGGAUUUGGCGUGCAUCUGUUGAAUGAGGAGAACAAGCAGAAGGCUGGUGACUUUGCGAAGCCUCAUGACACAGGAAAAGGACCUUUCAAUGAGGCUGCGGGUCCAUGGGAACUGGUGUCACUCCGCGACUACAUGAGUGAAGUACCUCCGAACCACCCUGAGGGGGAGCAGGAUCCUGAUGCAGUGAAGGGCGUGCCAGUGUUGCAGGAGAGCAUGGCAGCGCUUGUUUGCUACCGCAAAAUGACCUUUGAUGCAGGCGACCACAUCAUCCUUGUUGGAGAGGUGGUGGCCACUAGUGCACAUGAUUUUCAUCCCCUCAUUUACAUGAACCGCCACUACCACCAACUUGGUCAUGAGGUCUCAAACUAUUUGCUAAAUGUGUUCGGAACCCGCAUUGAUGACCAACCCCGCUGCGCGUCGCUGGUGAAACUGAUUUCGAUGGCAGAAGUGCAGGAGCAACAACCGCUAGAGCUGCAGCAGCGGGAGGAGGCCGGGAAGGAUCGAGACGCGGGCGUUGAAGUCGACAUGACAGCGCCCGUGACGGCGUGGGACAUCGAGCGCGCGGGAGGGCUGGGCGCGCGGGACGACAUCGCGUCGCCGCUGCCCGUGGCCAUGGACGCCACGGACCUCGAGGAAUCCAUCAACGCCGAGCUCUAUCCCGAACUCGCAGAGAGCGAGGAGGAGGCUCGCAUAGGCGGCACAGAGCCCUCAGCAGCUCAUGUGGGUGACUCGUUUGAUGCUGCGGCUGCUGCUGACCCUGAGGAGGCAAGGCGGCAGUUGGACAGCAGAUUUGUACAUGGGGGGCAGGGAGGAGGGUGA